AUGAUUCAGAAUCACAACCAUGUCCUCAUGAGCUUGGAGAUGGAGUUCAAGCGGAUGGAUCGCAUGUUUUCACAGGGCGAUAUGCGUCUUUUUGGGAAGGAUACGGAGCAUAUAUUCCAAGAACUUGAUGUCAUCCGACGAAAGCAAAUAGACUUGGCCCGUGACCAUAUCUCACUCGAAAACAUGAAUGAUUUACCACAACCUUCAGAGGUGAAUAUGGAGCAUGAUUAUCAGCAAAGCAUAGACAGCUUCCACAAGAAAGAAUUAGCUCUCAAGAAUCUCAUGAUCAAACUGGAUGACUUGGGUGACUCCAUGAAUCGCUUUCGACGCCUGUUUGAGCCUACCAUGGUGCACGAGUACAAUACCCACCAUCCAAUGUCAACAACAUCAUUAAGCUAUCCUAGCAAUACCAAUGGUUCUUCUUCGGUCGCUGCUCCAACACAAGACCAUUCUUUUAUUCCAUCAUAG